AAAGAGAAUUAUGCGUGUUAGUUUAGUUUAAUUAUUAUGUGAAAGGACUGAAAUAUUUCUUCUCAUUUAGAGCACGCCUUCUUUCAGUUCUAAAAUCUUCAUUCAAAGUUGAAAUUAACAGAUAAUGGAAAAUACAAUGACUGACAGCGAGCAAAGUGUAACUCAAAAAGAUUCUAAGAAAAGGCUUGUCAAAGCCCUGUUCAGUUAUGCUCCUGUAAAUACUGAUGAGCUUCCUUUGAAAAUAAAUGACAUAUUAGAAGUGAUUGAGGAAACAGAAGAAGGAUGGUGGAAGGGGAUACUUGAUGGAAAUGUAGGAAUGUUUCCAUCGAAUUUCGUUAUUGAAUUGGAUGAGGUACCCGAAGAGUUCAACAAUCAUCUCACUAAUGAACUGAGCCCUUUAAAAAAUUGUACAAAAAAGAAUGUAAUUCAGCAGGACAAAAUCCAAGAUAAUGUAUCAGAUGGUUUAAAUCAUUCACCGUCUAGCAAAUCCGAAUCAAAGCAAGGAGCAGUUGGUUCUGUUGAUGAGGAGAAAGUUGAAGAAUUGCCAGCUCCCAAAUGUCCUCCAGAUCCUGACAAAAAAGUAAUGUCAAGGAGCAAGAAGUUGAUUGAAUCUGCAGCACCUCGACUUCCCCCAAAACCAGUUAGGGAUCAAGCUCGAGUAAUGUUUCCUUAUCAAGCACAAAAUGAAGAUGAGUUAACAUUAAAGGAAGGGGACAUUAUAACACAGAAGAAACCUGAAAGACCUGACAAACCCCCAACAGCCAUGUCUUCAAAAGCCCCUGUAAAACUACCCUCUAGCGAGAAAGUUGUGAAUGAUUCUUCCCCUAAAACUUGA